GAUUGUUUAGCGGGUAUCUAGCCGGUUUCAUCAAUAAUUUUCUCGAACGGGCAUCAUCUCCGCUGAAAUGGACAUCGAUAACUUAAGAAGUGAACUUAAAGAGAACAAUCAAGACCAUUUGCUCCUGCAUUGGGAUUCACUUAACGAUGAGGAGAAAUCUAAUUUUUACAAAGAUCUCAAGCACAUCAAUUUCGCCAAAAUUAACCACUGGUUCGAGAAGACCAUGCGCGAAGCCGAAGCAAGUGACAAGAAAGAUGAGAAAUUGGAGCCAGUUCCACCACAGAUAGUUGGUAGUGUAAUCGGAGCGAAAAAUGGAAACAAAGUCGCCAGUUGGAGAGAGAAAGGUCUACAGUUGAUAAGCGAAGGAAAAGUCGCUGUACUGCUUCUCGCCGGAGGGCAAGGAACGCGGCUGGGAGUCUCUUAUCCUAAGGGAAUGUACAAUGUCGGGUUACCAUCACGGAAGACAUUGUAUCAACUUCAGGCCCAGAGAAUCUUAAAAGUGCAAGAACUGGCUUAUGAACUCACUGGAAAGAAAUCGACAGUUCCUUGGUACAUCAUGACAAGUGAACACACCAUGGAAGAAACGAAAAAGUUUUUUGAAAAACGCAAUUACUUUGGGCUGCAAAGAAAUGAUGUGCUAUUCUUUGAGCAGCACACCAUUCCUUGUCUAACAAUGGAUGGAAAAAUUAUUCUUGAUCAAUGUGGUAAAGUUGCCAGAGCCCCUGGAGGAAAUGGUGGUUUGUAUGCUGCCCUUAUUGAUGAUGGUGUAGAUGACCAUGUUACCAUUGGUACAAUGAGAAAGCGAGGAAUAGAGUAUCUUCAUGUAUACUGUGUUGACAACAUCCUUGUUAAGAUGGCAGAUCCUGUUUUUGUUGGAUUUUGUGUUGACAAGUCAGCAGAAUGUGGUGCUAAGGUUGUCGAGAAAACACUUCCUGAUGAGAGAGUUGGAGUUGUUGUGAAAUGUGAGGGCAAAUAUCAGGUUGCUGAAUACAGUGAGAUAUCAAAAGAAAUUGCAGAGAUGAAAGACCCAGUCAACAAUGAUAGGCUCUUAUUUCGAGAUGGAAACAUUUGCAAUCAUUUCUUCACUGUGGACUUCUUGGAGAAAAUUGUAACGGAGCAUGAACCAUCACUCAAGUUUCACAUUGCUAAGAAGAAGAUCCCAUUUGUUGAUGAAAAUGGAAAAAGGAAUAAACCAGUGGAACCAAAUGGAAUUAAACUGGAGAAGUUUGUCUUUGAUGUCUUUGAGUUCACAGAGUAA